UCCUACCGCCCUGCCUCGCCUCCAAACUUCCACUGGCGCGGAGGCGAUUCCUCGACACCGAUCAAUCAGGGUCCCAUCAUUUGUCACAAUCAAACACGCGUCGGCCUGGGCGCCGGCUCCCUGAAUUCGAAGAGAAGCGCGGAAGAUGGGCCGUUGGGGCUUGGGAGGAGGAGGGGUGGGCGGCAAGGAAUAUCCGGAUGACAGAGGGCCGGAACUGUUUGGCGAGGUGGUGGGGCAUCAAGGGGAAGAUGUGGCGGUCCUCUGCGAGUCCGUGCGCUUGGUGGAUUCGUAUAAAGGGCGGGCACUCGUCUUCGAGCUCACCUUGACCCUUGAGUUAUUACUUCGAAUUUGCAUCGUCUGUGUCCCAUGCACGACGCCUCGCCGAGCGCGGCUCUUAGCACAGCGAUAUUGGGGUCUAUGCUCGAGUGCAACUGAUCGACCCCCUCAACAUCGUAUGUAUUGCAGUGAUCGCUAUUACGCCUUUCGGCGGGGACAUUGAGGGCGCCGGCUAGGCGACGACGGCGACGACGACGACGCACGGGAUCCCGUCCGUCCGCUGGCGCGCUCACAUGUUCCUCUGCGUCCUUGACUCCCGCGCCAGCC